AUGCCCGAUGUCUGUGUGCUUUGUCUGGUUGCCGCGCUGGCUGCAUUCGCCCGGCUCGCCGGCACUGUGGGCCCCGUGGUUCGAUGUGAGCCUUGCGACGCCGGCGCGCUCCUGCAGUGCAAGCCGCUGCCGAAAGACUGUGUGGAGCGGGUGAAGGAGCCCGGCUGCGGCUGCUGCAUGACGUGCGCCCUCGGAGAGGGACAACCGUGUGGAGUGUACACGGGGCGCUGCGGCUCCGGCUUGACCUGUCGGCACCAGCCCGGGGAGAGCAGACCCCUGCAGGCUCUCCUGGAGGGACGGGGAGUGUGUUCGAGUCCCAAAAAACUGAACAGCGUUCUCAUGCCACCGCAAAAAGAAGAAAAUGCUGGAAAUCAGGUCGAAGACUCUGUCAAUGUCACCCAGACAAUUACAGUGCUGCCUGGCGUGGGAACUGUGAAGGAUGGACAUAGUAGGGGCUCGAUGGACACCAGGCCUCCUUUGCACAACAUAUUAAUUCAGAGGGGUGAGAACAGGAAGACCCAGAGCUACAAGGUGGAAUCAUUAUCAGGAGGAGCCAAUACGGAUGUGCACAACUUCUCUGUGGAGAGCAAGAGGGAGAAUGAGUAUGGGCCAUGUCGGCGGGAGAUGGAGAGCAUCCUUAACAGCCUUAAAAUCAGCAACGUGCUUAACCCGAGAGGCUUCCGCAUACCCAACUGUGACAGAAAGGGUUUCUACAAGAAAAAGCAGUGCCGUCCGUCCAAAGGCAGGAGGCGGGGCUACUGCUGGUGCGUGGACAAAUAUGGGCAGCCUCUCCCCGGCUAUGAUGGCAGGCAGUGGGGCGAGAAGCAGUGCUACAACCUGGAGAGCAAAUGAGAGGAUGGAGGAACAAAAAGUGGAUGGAAAGGGGAAGACGGUGUAAUAUGGGGGAGGGAUGGGCGAGGGGGUGAGGGGGGCGAGAAAGAACGAGAUCCCACUGUGCUCUUGCAUUUAGUUUUAUGUAAACAUCUGAAGGAACUCUGGACCUCUGAUUUCAGGUCCUGCUUCUGUUGGAGGGAGGGAAGGGGGGACUAGGGGAAGGUGAGGGGGAGGGGUAAAGGAUAGCGCACAGCCUUCUGUCCAUCACAGCUAUCUGUCCUGUGCUAGGGGGAACCACCUCUGUCCUUUUUUUAAAAUAAAGGUUUAAGCUGAAAGCUGGGGAGGGGAGGGGGACCCGUCAACUGCACUAUUCUUUUAGAGAGAGGAAGGAGGGAUUUUUCCACUCACUUUAAAGAGGAGUUGUUUGUGACUGUGACCUGCACCCCCACCUCUUAAAAACCCAACGCCAUUGUUUGUUUGUUUGUUUGUUUGUGUUUGUGUGCCCAUCUGCCAGUUAGUAACUGCGUGUGUGUGUGGCUGUGUAACAUGCAUGCACAGCUGCAUGUCUGCAUGCAAGUGCCGUGUGAGUUUGUGUGUUUGUUUGUGUAAAUAAAUACUGCAUGUCACUAAACUCAGUUUAGAGAUUUCUGACUGCCCAACCCCAGGCCCUGCUCCAUUAAACAAUGCAGAAAAAACAUAGCACUCUGGCUCAGGGUCCAUUAUUAAGUGAAGGAUUAUAAAAUAUUAGACGGUAGGGCUUUAACUUUUUAGUGCAGCUCGGGGGGCAGCCUUGCUGUUUCUAGUUCCUUGUUACUAACCUGCAGGGCAAAGGGAUUGGAGGCAGUCCAUGCAGCCACAGUGCCUUAAAAACUAGCCUUUCAUUACCUCCUCUUCAGAUUCAGCUCUUCCUCUUCUUCAGUAGCAUAAAGCAAUACUUCACUGAAAAGCUACCUUAUGAGUAUCGUGCUUGACAAUUUUGAGGCUUGCAUCUUUGAUGAGGAGAGCAGCUAUAACUAAAACAGUAUACACAAAGAUCCUGAUACAGUGCCAUGAAACAGUAUUUUCUCCUUCUCUUCUUCCUUUUUUUGUAUAUUUGCCAUACCCAAUUGUUUCAGGUCAUCAAAUGAAUUCUAAUAUUGGACACAGAUAGCCAAAGGAAAGACAAAAUGCAGUUUUCAAAUAAUGUUUUUGUUUAGCAAGGGGAAAAGCUGUUCAAACUUAGCUGCAUCUGGGUGCAUUUCAAUGAUAUUGGAGACGCAAACCUGAGUGCAGAAUUUAUAAAAUUAGGAGCUGGCUAAGGUGAUCCUAAUUUUUUUUUUUAUUGUGGAAAACAAAAGUUUUCAAACUUUUCCAGGCCUUAAACCUGAUGCGUAUUCUCCCUCAUAGUAAAUCUAUAAAAACAAGGCGUUUAGGAAAACAGUGAAUAAAAAAUUGCAUUUCUAAAAAAGACAAAAAUUGCAGUUCAGUAUUGAAUAUUACAUAAAAUAACCUAUAUAUAAAGUUUCUUUUAAUGGCAGAGAUGCGGAAAUGUGUGCAUGUAGCACAGAGCCGUGGCUCAGUGUCUAAGUGUCUUAAUGAAAAUGUGCCUUGAAGCUAUUUAGAAUUCUUAUCUUGUUUGAUCUGCUGCUCACCAUAAACAAGCACAAACAGAAGUUUUGGAUUUUUAACUGUAUUUUCAUAAGUUUGACGGCUUUUCAUAUUGAUAAAAACCUCCUGUUUUGGCCAUUCAUACUAAAAAAAAGUAAUGGGAUUUCUGCUCUUCUAGAAAAUCCUGAAUGAGAAUUUCCGACCAUCAGUUUGUGCCAUGUGCCCAAAGGGCACGUAAGGUAAUGCAGCAAUACAAUACAUUCAGGGCACCCCAGCAAGUCCACCUCUGCAUGGCUCAAGAAAACAGUGGACUAGAAGUGGACUAGUCGAGGUCUAGUCUGAUUAAGAUGCUUUGGCGUGACCUUAAACAGACCAUUCAUGUUCGAAAACCAGGGCUAUCUCUGUCUAACAUUAAAAUUUGUUAAGUGUGAUUAAAAUGCAAAAUAACAAAAAAAAAUCAGGGAAAAAAAAGUUUUCAUGGCACUGUAAACUUCUUAAACUGCUUUUGAAGGAAAGUCCAGUUCUUUGGGACACAUUUUAAGAGUGUAAACUUAUAGUUCUAUUGGAUGCUAAAGCUACGUUAUUAUUACGUUAUAUCUACAGAUGCUGCUUGGCCAAGGAGACAAUGCAAUAAAGCUCCUGGAAUACAGUUUUUGUUCUGUUAAUGUCAAGUGAUCACAGAAUAUGUAAGAGGGAAGAUUUUCUGACUCAGUAUAUAUUUUGUCUUGUCUCCCUCCCAUCACCCCCAAGUGUUCAUGGCAGAUGGCUGCUCCUUCCCGAGCUUGGUUCUGCUCAAGGUUUCUUCCUGUUAAAAGGGAGUUUUCCUUUCCACUUUUGCCAAGUGCUUGCUCAUAUGGGGUCAUCUGAUUUUGGGGGUUUUCCCUUUAUUAUUGUUGGGUUUUUACCUUGGAGUAUAAAGUGCCUGAUGUGACUGUUGUUGUGUUUUGCAACUAUUGAAUUGAAUUGAAUUGAAUUGAAUUGAAUUGAAUUGAAUUGAAUUGAAUUGAAUUGAAUUGAAUUGAAUUGAAUUUCACCAGCUUCUGAAAACACAUCCACUAAAUUGGCAUAAAAAGAAAGAAAAUGAUACUUUAUGAAGGUUGGUCAACUCUUUUGUUGAUGUGAAAAGCCAACCAAAGUGAAAAUGACAAUGGGAAUGAGCAGUGGAAAGAUGGCUUAUGUAGCAACAGCAGGAAUGGUUAGUGGAAUUUUGCAUAUUUUUUUGGUAACUGCAGCUGCCAGUCCCUGCAGCAAUAGUAAGUCACAAGCUCUUCAGAGUGUCCUGUCAUGCUAACAGGUUCACGUUUGAUAUCUGAAAGACAUGUUUUCAGAGGAGUAUUAAGCACUUGCAUGCUGCUCUGCAAUUUUAGGGAUCACUUUGGCUAGUUUAACGUCUCGUCUUUCUUUUUGGUGCCCCUGCUGUUCUUGUCUUCAUCCAUGUCCCCCUUUGGCCUUCAGCCCCUCUGUCAUACAUCUUCUCACUUAGCCCAUCCAACCCUUCUUGUCUUCACCCCUACUGUUGGAAGGUUUGUCCAAUCCGUGUGCCUAAUUUCCUCUCUCCAGCACCCUGCCCACCUCCAGUACUCCUCUCUUGUCAGUGAUGCAACCUGGUGUAGGUUUUUUUUUUUUUAAUCGGGGUGAGCCCAGUAUGACUGGCUUGCAUUGCCACAGGUGCCAGCUGCCCCUCAUGCUUCAAGCACAAGCACUUAAAGCACUUUAGCUGCACUGCUACUUGUCAAUGCAUGCAGUUAAAGACAAUUGGACCUAUCAGCAUCUGCAUUCCUUUCCUAGGUAAUGUCAGAUGAAAGAGUGUGAUACAGUUUGAAAAACAACAACAACAAAAAACAAUACUAACCUAUGGAGGAGGAGGAAAAAAAUGUAAGAAAGAAAGAAACAAAACUACACCAGGACUUCUGACAGCAAACUUAGAGAUCAGCCCCUUUAGAAGUUUUCCAUUCAAUGCAACUAUUUCUUUUCUCUUUUCUUUUGGUUGUUGUUGUUGUUGUUGUUGUUUCUUUGAAAAAACUUGCUUGUAUGAUCGUACGCCAACAAAUCUCCACAAGGUGAACACGGCACCAAAUAUGCAUUCACACAAGUGGUAGGGGGUCCGAGGGAGGAGGUGUGGUCCUCCUCGAGGAGCUUCCUGCCCUGAUGCUCUCCUGCGUCCUGUGUAAAGACUUGAAAAGUGGAGAGAGCGCCGACAAAGAAUGCUUGCCCAGUAGCUUGGUAGCAUAAAAAACAUCGGCUGUAAACUUCCUCUAACAGACAGCAACAUCUUAGAACCAGCCUGUUGGUGCUAUAUCCAAUCUAUUCAAAGACUUGAUGUUAAGGGGGAGGACACACAUAAAAAUAUGUUUAAGCUAUUCCCUCCCUAAUAUUUGUGUGUCUUUUUAUAUAUUAUUAUUAUUAUUAUUAGUAUUAGUAUUAGUAUUAGUAUUAGUAUUUCCUGGCCAGCUUUGUGUCUGACUAGACAUCAUGUACAGUACGUAAAAAUAAAAAAACCUUAUUUAUAUAAGAAAGAACUAUAAGCUGAUCCAAACUUCUUAUGAACACCAGUGACUCACCAAUUGCACAGCAAAAGUCUAUGAUUCAGUGUACUUUGGGGAAUAUAAUCACUAAUGAAUGUUUUCUUCUUUUUUUUAAAUCAACCUUUUCCUUCUGUUGCUCUUUGGAUAGCUCUGUGCACAUCUACAUCAGUCAGACAUUCAGAUACAUCCUCAUCGUAGUUCACUGCUUCUUAAGGCCAGUGAACCUCUCACCUCUCAGUAAGUCAGUUCUCUCCAUGCACACCCAGCCAUCCUGCCCCAGUCUGUUAGCAGAGCCAGGGUCACACUUGUGUAAUGUCACCUUUUAUCUUUUCCUUUCUUGCUUUUGUUUUCUUCUUGCUGGUAAGACUCUUCUCUGUUCACGGGUAAAUGUAUUCAAGUUUAUCAUGCAAUGAUUUUUUUUUUAUCAUAGCUAACUAGAAAUCACACAGCUAUUAUUUUUCUCUGAAAAAGGAGAUGAUUUUGAAUAUUUAAUGUCUUUUUUUUUUUAAAUAAAAAUGCAACACAUUUUAA